CGUUAACUUCUCUUGUAUUCCCAAAGACAUCAGUCACGACCCCUUAUCUUAUCGCUGUUACACAGCAAAAGGAAGAGUACGAGACUCAGAAAGAUGACCCUUUUCCAGGUGCUAGAGUGACCCUUCAAGAUUACCAAUGGCUGCCGCAUUCUGCAACCUAAACCCAGGGUCUGGUCUGAAGAAACUAAAUGAAUACCACCUGUAUCAGAGUUACAUGACAAGGUAUUUUCUGGACUCCAAAAGAUCAUCAUGUUUCUUCCACAAUGGAAGAAAACUUUUCCAAAGCACUUACAGAAGACAAUUAAAAUUCAAAAAAGGGCACCAAUCUCGACGAGUAAUUUUGGAUAGUAAAGCAGACUAUUCUGGCACUACCAAUGAAGAGGAAAAAGAAGAUGCUGUUUCUAAGGCAACCUUGAUAUGGAGGGCAGCUAAAUUACCAAUAUACUCUGUUGCUUUGGUUCCUCUCACAGUAGGCAGUGCAGCUGCUUAUUUUCAGACAGGUGUCUGCUCAGCAAGGCGUUAUUUUGUUCUCUUGGCUUCCUCAGCUCUUAUUAUCACAUGGCUUAAUUUAAGCAAUGACGUUUAUGAUUAUGAUACUGGAGCAGAUAAGAACAAAAAAGAAUCUGUUGUAAACAUAGUUGGCAGCCGUACAGGAACCUUUAUUGCUGCUUAUCUAUUUCUUGCACUCGGAUUCAUGGGGCUGACUUGGGCAUCUGUGGAGGCUGGAAAUAUGCGUUCAAUAAUAUUACUGGCAUGUGCAAUUAUUUGUGGUUAUAUAUAUCAGUGCCCACCAUUUAGGUUAAGCUACCAAGGAUUGGGAGAGCCCCUGUGCUUUGCAGCAUUUGGCCCAUUUGCUAGUACUGCUUUUUACCUAAUGCAGGGGAGCACAAGUGAGAUGAAUUAUCUGCCCUUAGGUGACACAAUUCUUUCUGCAUCAGUCCUUGUUGGCUUCACAACAGCCCUAAUCCUUUUCUGUAGUCACUUUCAUCAGGUGGAAGGAGACAGGGCUGUAGGAAAAAUGUCCCCUCUGGUAAGGCUUGGCACCAAAGGAGGUUCAAGGGUAGUGAAGGUGGCUGUCAUAGCACUUUACUUCUUUUUGUUUGCUUUUGGUCUAAUCAAGGCCCUCCCUUUUACUUGCAUUAUUCUCUGUGCUUUGACAUUGCCCAUGGGAAACGUGGUCGUUAGAUAUGUCGAAGAUAACCACAAGGACAAACAAAAGAUCUUCAUGGCUAAGUACUACUGUGUGAGAUUGCACGCAUUAUUUGGAGCUGCAUUGGCUGCUGGACUGGUGGUGUCUAGAAUGGUCACUAAAGGAUAUGUUCCAAGGCUUAUCUUCUCUUGAGGCCUCGAGAACAUGAUAAACUAAAGUCCCAUUGUGUUAUGAUAGGAUUAGAAUUUGUGUCGAAUUAGAAUUUUAGUUAAUAAGGGUUAUUAGUUAUCAAUUAGGAUUAAGAUUUGUUUAUUUAAAAUUAAGUUUAUCAUUAGUUGAGUAUUAUCUA